GACCACAUGUACACAUACAUACACACACACACAGGUGUAUACAUAUUAUGAGCAAGCGUGUAUACGCAGGUGCGUGUGUUAGUAGAUACACUUUUAAAUAUGUAUGCGUGUAUGCAUACAUGUGUGUGUGUGUGUAUGGUAUCCAUGUAUGUAUAUGCGCGAACCACUUUCGAUACAAAUCGGUGAGGUGGUUCGAUUAGAAGCGCGGAGUCAGUCCAGGAUUUAUUUACACAUCUGGAAGUCUUGUCGGGAGAUGUACGUGUUGACAGACAAUUAAUUGCACUCGGCAGGGGUUGUUUCUACGUUAAACGAUUCGCGAAAAAGACAAAAAAAAAAUUGCCUAAGAUGACGGGUAAACGACAAAACAAUAGGAGUCAAAUGUCAUUGAAGAAAAAGACGGAUGAAAAGAAGUCGAAAGCCUACGAGAUUUUUGCAAAGUUUGUGGGCCCUGCUCCGAAUAAUUACAGAUUACCAUCAACAGUGGGAACUGAUUACCAUGACGCUACGAAACCAAGGGCGCCAUCUUACAGCAUUGGCAAACACACAUUCAAAUUCGUCGACCAAAGUCCAGGCCCGAUCUACGGAUAUUCCAGCCAACUGAGUAAUUUUGGAAUAUCUUCAGUUCCCACAGUGACGAUUACCGGAAGAACAAAAAAGCCUUAUUUAUGGGAAGGUAUCCUGGAUAACCCAGCUCCGGGUACAUAUUGCGGUCCGAAAGUGCGUGUCUUGAGAGAACGUACCGCUCCGGCAUUCAGUUUUACUUCUCGUCCGAAAUCGAGUAAAGAUACGGUUCCUUCUCCUUGUGCAUAUUCUUUGCCAGGAAUCCUGGGCGAGCAACCCAUAAAUAUUUCAAAUGUACCUGCUUACAGCAUUAAUAAAAGACUGAAUUACAACAGUUAUGCUUACGACUUCGCCAAGACACCGGGGCCUGCGAAGUAUGGCUCCGUACCGUUACAUUCUUCACACAAGCAACCACCGUUAUUUUCUCUGAGGAGUCGAACGGCGAUACCCAAAUAUAAAAUGGAUAACCCUGGACCAGGAACUUAUAAUAUUCAGCUGUCGAAACCUUUUGGCAAUUCUACCCCGAAGUAUUCGAUGGGAAUUAAACAUUCACCGUAUCUUAUGCAAACCUUCAUGGAUGUGCUUGACUGAUUGAAAUUUCAUUAUCUGAAGAUUUAUAAUUUCAUACUAUUUUUUUAUAUCAAUUGUUUCUUUCUUCAAAAAAAUUCUGUUUAUCCAGAUUUCUGAAAAAACAAAAAAACUGUUCUCAAAUAUCGUCGGGUGACACCGCUGUCACGUGUUACAAAACCGCUGUCAUAGGUUAUGAUAUGAUACCGCUAUCGUGGGUUAUGACAGCGAUGCAGCAGAUAUUGUGAUAUAUCGUGAAUUCACAUACUGCUGUAAUAGUUUAUGACAUCACUGUCGUGGGUUAUGACAUCAUAUGCUAUAAUAUGACAUCAUUGUGCUAAGCUGUAAUAUGACAGCACUAUCAUAAAUUACGAAAUAGAUCACCAUGCCCCUGCUAAAGGUUAAUACAACACACUAUAAUGACACUGUAAUAAUAUAUGUCCCUGCAACCAUUGGUUAUCACACUACUUCAAAGAGUUCUGAUAGAUAAAGUACUGAGGGCGAUUAGUUCGGUUAAACCCUUCAAGGAAGUGCCCCAGCAUGGUCGGUGUCCAAUGACUGAAAAAUAGUAAAAAAAGAAAUAAAAAGGUGAAAGAACUUAGAGUUAGCUACUAAAGGUUAUGACCCAGCUGUUAUAAUUCUACAAUCACCACUAUAAGCUCUGACAAAAUUUCUAUAUUUUAUGAUACUACUUAGAACAAUUCACAUUGAUACAAUAAGUUAUGACACCACCGCUGCUACUAUGAUAUAGAUUAUAACAGAACCACUAUGACCAUAAUAGUGUCUUUACUAUAAAUCAUGACACAGCUCUCAUAGGCUAUGAAAUUGUUGCCACUACUAAUUAGGAUGUGAUACCUUGUCAUAGGUUUCUGAUACUGUCAUUGUGGUUUAUGAUACAAGUUGCGCGUUAUGAAUCAGUUAACUUUAGUUUAUAACACCAAUUAUUAUUGCUAUCAUAUAUUACGAUAUCACUAAAUUGGUCAUACUGUAACUACUGUAGAUAGUAAGCUAAAGAUACGUUAUGAUCGAACUAUCAUCCGUUAUCCUUCCACAACCUCUACUAAAGGUCAUCCCAUCCAUCCAUAGGAUAUGAUACCGAUGUCAUAAAUUAUUCCUCCUCUGCAAUAGAUUAUGAUAUCCCUAAUAACAAUGUAGAUUAUGACACUGUUGCUAUAGAUUAUGUCGCUGCUACUGAAAGUAACGACAUCGUUGCCAGGUGUUAGGACAUUAUCAUAGGAUAUCACACCAGUGUCAAAUAUUCUUUUCUACUGGUACAAUUGGUACUUAAUUUAUCGACCCCGAAAGGAUGAAAGGCAAAGUCGACCUCGGCGGAAUUUGAACUCGGAAUGUAGCUGCAGACGAAAUACGACUACGCAUUUCACCCGGCGUGCUAACGAUUCUGCCAGCUCGCCGCCUUACAACUGUCAAACAUUGUGAUAACACAGCUAUACCCCCAAGACACUGCUAUCAAACUAUAGUGUUAUCACCGCUAAUAUAAGUUACAUCACUCCCAAAUGUUAUGGCCCUAUUAUCACUACUACAAUAGCUUAUAAUUACAGCCGAUUGUGACACCGCGAUCACCUAGUGAGCCAAAGACUAUCACUAUCACAGUUUACAUCAUCACCACUACUAUCCUUGGUUGUGAUAUCACUAUACUAUGAGGCGGAGAUGAGGCAGAGUCGUCAGAGCGUCGGAUAGAAAACCUUGUGUUAUUUGUAUCCGGUCUCUGUGUUCUAAGUUGAAAUCCCGCCGAGGUCAACUUUACCUUUCGUUCUUUCGAAGCUGAUAAAUAAAGAACCAAUCCAAGGCGGUAGAUUAGCAGAACUGUGAGAGCUUUGGGCUGGGUGCCUUGUGGUAUUUCUCCCGAUUUUUAUGCUCUAACGACAAUGCCUGUGAUGAUAUUAAUGUUAAGGGGUGUUCGACUCACCUCUCUUUUGGGUAACAUCGUCGACGCAAAGUGGGGAGACUUGCACAGUGGUCUUUCUGAGAGAGAAAUUCUUUUGGUGCAGACACUCUGACUAUCUGUAGCAUACUAGAAGGGCUAUUUAUAGUUAUGACACUGCUCUAGGUUAGGAUAUCACUACUACUAUACUACUAGCAAAGAUUAUGACAUCAUUAGCACUACUCUCGGUUAUGGUACCUCUGUCAUAAAUUAUGACACUGCUAUCGUAGUUGCGGUAUGACACUGCUGUCAUAGGCUACGUUAUGACUACCAUCACUAUAAGAUAUGUCAUUGCUAAAAUGUCCAUAGGUUUUGUCACCAUUUGUAUUAUCAUCCGGAAAAGAAUCUAGAAAAGAUGGUUCACGCUAUCCCUACAACGUCUUUCUACUGCGGCUGUGAAUGCCAAAAGGGUUAAAGGAAGGGGAAAGAAAUCAAAAUCGAGAAUUAUGUUAAAGGUCAUAUAUCUUAUGUUAAAGGCUGAGGAAUACUCAACCACUUCAAUGUUAAUUCAACGACGAAGUAAUGCAGUUGUUCAAACAACUGAACGCUCAUCGAAGAAACCGAUGGAAGAUCCUUCAUAUAUCAUGAGGUUUUGAAAAUUAAUCCCAGCUGGUAUUAGAGAAAGGCUUUAAGGCGGUGAGCUGGCAGAAUCAGUGGCACGUCGGAUUAAAUGCUUAGCAGCAUUUCGUCCGUCUUUACGUUCUGAGUUCAAAUUCCGCCGAUGUCGACUUUGCCUUUCAUCCUUUCGGGGUCGAUAAAAGAAAAACUAAUUCAGGACUAGGGUCGAUGUAAUCGACUGGCCCUCUUUACCAAAAUUUUAGACCUUAUGCCGAUAGAGGAAAGGAUAUUAGAGAAAGCUUAAGGGCCCUUGACUGGAAAAACCGUUGGGGCAUCAAACGUAUGUAUUGAGCGCUUUAAGUUUUUAACUCUAUCUCCCUGAGGUCUGCUUUGUUUGUCAUCUGACCAGGGUCAGUAAAAUAAAGUACCCGUCCAGUGCUUGACUGGAUUUAAUCGACUAACCCCUCCCUUACAGGUUUCUGGGGUCGUUAGAUCUGAGAUCAAAUGCCCCUAACGCAACUUUGCUUUCAAAUUUCUAGAGUCUAGAAAAUAUGAUAACAUACUCUCUCUAUAUAUAUAUACAUAUGUGUGUGUGUGCGUGUAUACAUAUAUGUAUAUGUAUAUAUACAUAUAUAUAUGUAUAUAUUUACAUGUAUAUAUAUACAUAUACACAAACAUAUGUACACACACGCACAUAUAUAUGCACACACACACAUACAUACUAAGCCGUUUCCCUACCGUCAAAUUUCUAGCUCAGUGUCUAUAUUUGAAGGAAUAUUAAAUAAAGCUUUACAUUUUUAU